CCAGGGCAGUGGCUGGCCCUGGAUCACACAAGUGUAGACACUCAACUAAGUGAGCUGGAAGACCCAGGGGAAGGCGGAGGCUCAGGUGCCCACAUGAUCAGCACAGCCAGGGUACCUGCAGAUAAGCCAGUACGCAUCGCUUUCAGCCUCAAUGACGCCUCAGAUGAUACACCUCCUGAAGACUCCAGUCCUCUGGUCUUUCCAGAACUAGACCAGCAGCUACAGCCUCUGCCGCCUUGUCAUGAGUCCCCAGAAUCCAUGCAGGUGUUCAAGCAGCACUGCCAGAUCGCGGAAGAAUACCAUGAGGUUAAAAAGGAAAUCGCCCUGCUGGAGGAAAGGAAAAAGGAGCUCAUUGCCAAGCUGGAUCAGGCGGAAAAGGAGAAGGUGGAUGCUGCUCAGCUAGCCCAGGAGUACGAGGCGCUGAUGGAGGAGAACCGGACAUUGAAGCUGGCUCAGUCGCAGUGUGUAGAACAACUAGAAAAACUUAGAAUACAGUAUCAGAAGAGACAGGGCUCAUCCUAA